AACCAAGAAGAACCAGCUACGAGCAGCAGGGGGCAGCAUGGGGGAAGUCAGCUCCUGCUAAACUCCAGAAGAAGAAUCUGCACGAUGCAACUUCUUCCAUGCUUUCAGUCCCGCUCAUAGAGUUUCAGGCUGAACAUGGAUGCGCUCUAUGGUCCCCUGGGCGUCGCUGCCGCCGGUCUGGGCUGCGGACUCUUCCUCGGCUGGCACCUGCGGACCUGUCUCGGCCCCGCGUCCAAGAGCCCCAUGAAGUCGGAGGAGAAAGGCUCCGCCGAGGACAGCGUGAUGGGAGAAGGCGGGGAGUUCAAGAUGGUGCUGGUGGUCCGGAAUGACCUGAAGAUGGGCAAAGGGAAGGUGGCGGCCCAGUGCUCCCACGCCGCAGUGAGCGCUUACAAGCAGGUUCAGCGCAGGAGCCCCGAGCUGCUCAGGCAGUGGGAGUACUGCGGCCAGCCGAAGGUGGUGGUGAAGGCGCCAGACGAGGACACCCUGAUGAACCUGCUGGGCCGGGCCAGGGAGGUGGGACUCACCGUCAGCCUCAUCCAGGACGCAGGAAGGACUCAAAUCGCGCCCGGCUCUCGCACCGUGCUGGGCAUUGGCCCCGGUCCGGCCACGCUGGUGGACAGCGUCACCGGAGACUUGAAGCUCUACUAAAGUUUUGUUCAUAUAUAUAUAUAUAUUCAUUUUUAGGACAAGAUUUCAUCAAAACUCUUAUGAAUUGGAAUAAUGAUCUGUGCUGAAGAUACUUUUUACGCAGCACCUCUCUGAGUAAAGCAGAAAGUGUAAGAAUCGAUUUGUUUUGUUUCUGAUCGUAGUUUUCAACAUUUGAGUCGUUCUGAACCUAGACGGUGAAGUCGGUACUGGCAUUGCAUGUCGUUUCUACGACAGGAUGUGAUUACAGAUGUUUGUUAAAUAAAAUAAUGGGCUCAGCAUA